GUCCCAGCGCUGACAUGACCUCGCGCGGCGCUCGCCCGGGCCCAAGCUCCCGGCGUCCCGCGCAGUAGCCCCGCGAAGAGGCGGACUCGACGGUGCCGACCGCGCAGAAAAUCAGGCGGGCGGCAUGGAGGCGGCGCACCUGCUCCCGGCCGCCGACGUGCUGAACCGCUUCUCGGUGAGGGUCGAGAGCGGCCUGAGGCCGGAGCAGGUGUCUGGCGCGCGGGAGCGCUACGGCCCCAACGAGCUCCCGACUGAGGAAGGGAAGUCCCUGUGGGAGCUGGUGCUGGAGCAGUUUGAGGACCUCCUGGUGCGCAUCCUGCUGUUGGCUGCCCUGGUCUCCUUCGUCCUGGCCUGCUUUGAGGAGGGUGAAGAGACAGCAACAGCCUUCGUGGAGCCCCUGGUCAUCAUGCUGAUCCUCGUGGCCAAUGCUAUCGUGGGCGUAUGGCAGGAACGCAAUGCUGAGAGCGCCAUUGAGGCCUUGAAGGAGUACGAGCCUGAGAUGGGCAAGGUGAUCCGCUCAGACCGCAAAGGUGUGCAGAGGGUCCGUGCCCGGGACAUCGUCCCUGGAGACAUUGUGGAGGUGGCAGUGGGGGACAAAGUACCCGCUGACCUCCGCCUCAUCGAGAUCAAGUCCACCACACUGAGGGUGGACCAGUCCAUCCUGACAGGUGAAUCCGUGUCUGUGACCAAGCACACAGAUGCCAUCCUGGAUCCCAGAGCUGUGAACCAGGACAAGAAGAACAUGCUCUUCUCUGGCACCAAUAUCGCAUCGGGCAAGGCCCUGGGUGUGGCGGUGGCCACAGGCCUGCGCACGGAGCUGGGCAAGAUCCGGAGCCAGAUGGCUGCGGUGGAGCCGGAGCGGACGCCGCUGCAGCGCAAGCUGGAUGAGUUCGGGCAGCAGCUGUCCCGAGCCAUCUCUGUGAUCUGUGUGGCUGUGUGGAUCAUCAACAUCAGCCACUUUGCUGACCCGGCCCAUGGCGGCUCCUGGCUCCAUGGCGCUGUCUACUACUUCAAGAUUGCCGUGGCCCUGGCUGUGGCUGCCAUCCCUGAGGGCCUCCCGGCCGUUAUCACUACCUGCCUGGCUCUGGGCACACGGCGCAUGGCACGUAAGAAUGCUAUUGUGCGGAGCCUGCCCUCCGUGGAGACCCUGGGCUGCACCUCAGUCAUCUGCUCCGACAAGACCGGCACACUCACCACCAACCAGAUGUCUGUCUGCCGGAUGUUCGUGGUAGCCGAGGCCGAAGCAGGCUCCUGCCGUCUGCACGAGUUCACCGUCUCAGGCACCACUUAUGCCCCGGAGGGCGAAGUGUGA